AUGGAUUUUGAUAGAGCUUUAGAAAAAUGCGGUAAUUAUGGACGUUAUCAAAUCGUAAUGCUUUUACUAUUUGGUUAUACAAAUUUUAUGUCUUCCAUGCACUAUUUCUCACAAAGUCUAAUCUCAUUUACACCCGAUCAUUGGUGUUAUCACAAGCAAUUGGAAAAUAAAACAUUUUCGGAAAUUAAUGAAAUUUAUAAGAAUUUUCGAAAUCCUCACUGCACUCUAUUGAAAUAUAAUGAUCGUGGAUUUGAAGAGGUGCUAAAUGGAGAAUGUCAUAAAUGGUUUUAUAAAAAAGAAAAUGACUAUGAAAGUAUAACAACAGAGUUAAACCUGGUAUGCGAUUCUUCUUAUCAAUCGGCUGUGGGUCAAUCUUUUUAUUUUGUGGGUGCUGUUGUUGGUACCAUUUCUUUUGGUGUCUUGGCUGAUCGUAUUGGCCGUUUACCAGCCAUUAUUUUCAGCACUAUUUCAGGUGGUUUAGGAGAUUUUUUAUCUUCUUUUGUCCACUCUGUAAAAAUGUUUGCUUUAACCCGUUUUAUAUCUGGCUUAGCGACAGAUACAUUUUUUGUUCUCAUGUAUAUACUAACAUUUGAAUAUCUCAAUCCCCAGAAACGUACAUUUGCUUUAAAUUUUAUAAUAGGCACUUUCUAUUGUGCCGGUCUAAUGUUGUCACCCUGGUUUGCUUUAUGGGUUAAAUCAUGGCGUUAUUAUUUACUAAUAGCCUCGGUACCGGUUCUUUUAUUUCUUUUAUAUCCCUUGCUUAUAUGUGAAUCGGCUAGUUGGUUGUUGACCCGAGAAAAUUACGAUCGUGCUGUGAAAUGUUUAAAGCGUGUAGCAAAAUUCAAUGGAAGACAAGUAGAGGACAAGGUAUUCGAUGAAUUUGUGGAUUAUUAUAAACAAAAAGCUUUAGAAGAGCAAACAGUUAAGAAUAGUGAUACCUUCUGGGGCAUGUUUCGUACGCCUCGCUUAAGGAAAUUUACCAUUAUAUUGCUGAUCAAAAGUGUUAUCGUUACCAUGUCUUAUGAUAUUAUAUCACGUAAUAUGGAAGGUUUGGGAUCUUCACCUUUUAAAUUAUUUUCCUUUACUUCAAUAGUUUAUGUACCCUCUGGCAUUACCAUUAUAGCAUUUCAAAAUGUUAUCGGACGCAAAGGCAUGGCUGCGGUAUCUUUAUUGAUUAGUAGUAUUAUAACGGCAAUAACAGGCUUUCUAAUAGCCUAUUUAGAUCCUUAUACUAAUGCUACUUUAUUAGCCAUUAUGGUGGGUUUGGGUCGUUAUGGUGCAAGUGUGGCCUAUGAUGCUGAGGUUCAAUAUUGCACCGAAAUUGUACCCACUAGUGUAAGAGGCCGGGCUGUGGCUAAUAUACAUGUCUUGGGUUAUGCUUGCAGUUUCUUAAACUCAUAUGUUAUUUACUUGGGCAAUUAUUAUAAACCUUUACCUACGAUCUUUAUAAGUAUUAUAAUGUUAAUAGGAGCCGCUUUAUGUCUAUGUCUACCGGAAACUUUGAACCAAAAACUCCCCGAAACUUUGAGUGAUGCUGAGGUCUUUGGUCUCGAUGAAAAGUGGUAUUACUUUCCUUGUUUUAGUAGAAGAAAUGAAAAACUUGUGGAAAAAUCUGUAAAAGAAAAAUUUGGUUAUACAAACUUAAGAUUAAAAUAA